AUGGCCGACUUGUCUACCGCUACUACUGUUGUUAAUACUAUCAAUGUUGCCUUUAUUGUUUUUGAUGAUUAUGUUGUUACUGGAGGUUUGUAUAAGCGAUUCAAGCUUAAGGCAUCAACAAUGCAACUGAAUCUUCCACCACCGCCCUUAAUAAACAUCACGUUUAGCGGGCAGCCAGCCAUAUCAACGGGCGUAGUGAACUUAAGAGUGCUGCUGGGAAGUAUGGAUUACGUGCUUGUGAAACAUAUCCAGGGAGAAGAGAAUCAUGCGGAUAUUUCGGAUAACACCGAUGCGGAUGGAGUCAUUUCCUCUGGGAGGCGGCAGCGGCAGCUGCAGGUGUGCGAACACGCUGGACAACCGUUAGGGUGCUUUCUCGUGGAGGCUGGUGGAAGCUACGAGGUGGUGCGACAUGACGACUUACAAUGGGGCUUAUCGAGUGGUAGCUUGCAAAACGGCGGGCCGGCGGUGGGGAAAAGGAAAAAAUCACCAGAGGAGCAGAGGGGUGGCAAAGAGGAAUUGGCGGAUCCACACAGGAAACGCAAGCGGGAAAGGAAACAGCAGGGGCUAGAAGAAAAGGCGGGGGAAGUUGGAAAAGAAAAGAAAAGAAGCAGGAUUUCGCGGCACCGCGAGGAAAAGAAAUCGGCGAUGAUGGCCGUUGUUUCAGCAGCAGUGGAAAAGAGUAACGUUAAUGAAAAGGAUGACAAUGAUGGUAACGAUGCUCCGCUUAGGGAAGAAAAGGAGGCAAAUGGACAAGAAAUGUAUGCGGUACAGGAGGGCAAUGAAGUAGAAAACACUGCAGGCGAGGACGCCACGACACCGCUGCAACGCGUGCACCUGGAGACGCCUCCCUCUCAUUCCACGCCGGUGCCGUUGGAAGAAAAGUUGAAGGCGCGGGAGGGACUGGUUGGGAAAAAGGCGGUGUCGCCUCUACUCGUGGAAUCAAGAUCGCCCGUCCUGAAGGAAAAACGGCAUCGGCAUUUACGAGAAAGUCUGAGCAGCAGCUCCGCCUGCGGGCCUGACGAAAUGAAGUCACAGAAUCAACCGCUGGAACAGCAAGAUGGGGAAAAAAAAGAAGAAAAUCAACGGAAACGGAAUCAUUCCAAGAGUGCGACGCAUCGUGGGAGCGGCGUCACUGGAACGGUACUAGAGGGUGUGAAUGGCGCUGCAACAUCCCCUCGCAGCCGUGCAUCAACGGCUGACAAAAGGAAAGAGACGCACCCGCCGCGUGUGGGGACCACAACAACCACGACUGAUCCCUUUGGAAACGCCGAUGAGAACGUUGGGAGAAAUCCUCCGCGAAAAAGACUAGAAAGGGGGACGAGCGCCACGGUUGAGGCAGAAAAAGAUGUGGGGAAUGUGCACACGGAUGCUCAUGGGUCCUCUCACGUGUCGCCUAACGGCUGGGCGCCAAAUGAAAGCCCUGCUUUAGGAUUUACUUCCGUCAACAACACCCUGUCGCAGGAUUUUAGUCUGGACUCGUCAUCCAUCACCUCCUCCGCGGACUACGUGUACUAG